AUGGCGUUGACGAAAGAUGUAAUUACAGAAUUGCCUCCACCUAAUACCUAUUCCGAUGAAAUUCCAGUAUCCGACCUUGUAUAUUCAUUCGACUGGUCAUCAACUCCCCUGGGUCCUAUGGACUCUUGGAGCCCUUAUCUGAAAACAAUUGUGAUGUCAAUUGAUUCGACAUAUAAAUUUAGAAUAGUUUAUCACGGAAAGAGUCGAUACGAGAAUGAUACCUGCGUCCUGAUGCGCCGAGAUAACUAUAUGGAAGAGUGUUAUUUUUCAUUUACUCUCAGUCCUAUAUAUAAGGAGGACGGGACUGUUGGUGGCGUGUUUAAUGCUGCUCGGGAAACAACUCAACAGGUUUUAACCGAUAGAAGGUUAAAAGCUCUAAGUGAACUAGGGAAUCGAACGCCCGCCACAACCUUUGAUAAUGACCUUGAUGUAGUAAAAGGCGAUGAUGGAAUUGAAGAAUUGGUUUUUAUUAAAGGAAAAUCAACAAGAGAACUACCAGACUUCCUGCCAGACACUUUUGAAAUAAUAAAUCUCCAACUCAAUGACGAUGAUUUAGUUACCAACAAUCAGGAAGAAUUGUUGAAAUCAACCCUAGAUUCGUCUGUCACAAAACCUCUUGCUUGGCCCGUGGAACAAGUGGUAAAAUCUAAUUCCAAACUAAUCGUUACAUUAAAAGACAACACGCAGGCAAUUCUUUUACCGGUACACACGUCUUUUGCGGGAAAAACCACAUUAACUGCUACAAUUAUUUGUGGCUUAAAUCAGAAUCGCGCUUUAGAUCAAGAAUAUUUGGAAUUUUUACAUCUCGUUGCUGGUCAUGCGAGUUCAGGCUUAACGCAUGGCAAAUCACGCGAAGAGAAUAGAAAACAAGCCGAAAUUCUAGCCGACUUAAAUCGUCAAAAAAUAAUGUUCUUCCAAAAUAUUAGUCAUGAACUACGAACGCCGUUAACGUUAAUGCUUUCACCACUUGAAGAGUCAAUCAAUGCUUGCCCCCCUGAAUCACCGAUUCGUUUUAAUCUACAAAUGAUUAAUCGAAACUCCCGUCGACUACUUAAGCUUGUUAAUACUUUGUUACAGUUUUCACGAAUCGAAUCGGGCAAAUUGGAAGCUCAAUUUCGAGAGACGGACAUCGUGAAAUAUACUCUCGAGUUAGCUUCAUGUUUUGAAAGCAUGGCGGAAUCGUUAAGGCUAGGCUAUUUUAUUAAAAUUCCGAGUCGCGAAGAAUUUUAUAGUAGAUUAAAACAGAAAGUAUUUAUUGACAGAGAUAUGUAUGAAAAAAUUGUGUUUAAUUUAUGUUCGAAUGCAUUUAAGCACACUUGGACGGGAAGUGUUUCAGUUAGUUUAUAUUCGGAUAGCAAGGAUGGAAGGGAAAUGGUUAUAUUGGAGAUCGCAGACACUGGAAUUCCGGAAAAAGAUAUUGAAAAUUUAUUUCAGCGUUUUUAUCGAGUAGAGUCAAGCCAAUCUCGUAGCUAUGAGGGUACUGGCAUAGGGCUUGCAUUUGUAAAAGAGCUUGUAAUGAGGCAUAAUGGUGAGAUAUCAGUACAUUCGGAAGUGAAAAAGGGUACCGCUUUCCGCGUAUCGCUGCCGACAGGUUGUGCACAUUUGCCAGAAAAACAAGUAUAUUUUGAAGGUAAUGAAUUCGAGAUAAAUUCAAUGGAAAAAUGUUUAUUCGAUGGACGGGAUUUCUAUCUUGAAGAAUCACACCAAUGGAUACAAAAUGAUCUCGAUGGUGAAUCUUUCGAUAAUUAUUUAUCCAAUAAUGAUCACGCGGGUAGCAUUACAAACUUAGAUUGCGCGAGUUCGAACAAUUCAACGUUAAGGAAUAAAAUGACAGACAUUCAGCACACAAUUUUUCCUUCGCUGCAUAACGAUAUAUCGAAUGCACGUAAAGCUACCUAUCACAUUCUUGUUGUCGAUGACAAUACGGACAUGAGGAUAUUGAAGAACCUUCAAAGGCUACCUGAUUUAAUUCUAAGUGAUGUUAUGAUGCCAAAUAUGGACGGAUUGGAAUUAUUAAAGAUACUUAGAUCUGAUCCGGUAACUCAGUUAAUUCCUGUGAUCUUUUUAUCUGCCAAAGCGGGUGAAGAUUCUAGCGUAGAAGGAUUAGAACAAGGCGCAGAUGAUUAUCUAAUCAAACCUUUUAGUGUUAGGGAUUUGAUUGUUCGAAUAAAAGCCAAUAUUAAGCUCUCACAUCUUCGUCAACAACUUUUGCUACAACAAAAACAGCAGUCGGAGGUUCGAGGGUUAUUAUUCUCAAUAAGUGAGAAGAUCCGCGCUGGACUGGAUGUGGAAAAAACAUUAUCUAUAGCUAGUGAGGAAAUUGGUAGAAUAUUACCUUGCGAGAGAAUAUUUCUCAUUAAGGUAGAUUCAGUUGAUUCAGGUGAAGGUCAUAUAGUGUCGUUCUCGGCCUCCGAUCCAAAUGAACAAAAUUUAGUGGGAAGGAUUGUGUCAUAUUCAUUAUAUAAAAGUGGAAUCGAAAAAGAUAUUCAGAAAUUAUAUUUAAAGUAUAAUAUUUCUGAAACGGGCGGCGAGGCGUUUAAAAAGCUCCAGGAUGCAUUAAUAGAUAGUAAUGAGUAUAUUGUAAUAGAAAAUACUUAUUCCAACGUGGUUGACCGAUACGUCUCAAUCAUUGCAAUGCCGAUUAAAACAAACUCAUCAGCAUGGGGAUGGAUAGUUGUUAACAGAGCGCCAAAUGAAACUUGGUUAGAUUCAGAGAAGGUCUUUAUUCAGCAAAUUUCAAAUCAAAUUAGCUUGGCAAUUACAUAUGCAAUGCUUAUGGAAGAAAAAUUAAAAAAGGAGGCUCAAAUGGAAGCCGCAAAAAAAGCUAACGAAGCAAAAGGACAAAUUCUAGCCAAUACUUCCCAUGAACUUCGAACGCCGUUAGGGGCGGUAAUAGGAUUAUUAUCGGCAUUUGAAGAUACUCUGUUAACUGAAGAUCAGAAAGAGAUGGUUCGGGUAAUGACACGUGCAUCGGAUGCUGUUCUUUCUGUGAUCGGAAAUAUUCUUGAUGCAGCAAAGCUUGAAGCACAGAAGGUUACGCUCGUAAAUAGAGACUUUGACCUUCUCCAUAUGGUUGAGGAAACUAUUAACAUACUUGGAGAAAAGGCAGGAGCUAAACAACUUGAAUUAAUUUUACGCUACGAUCAUACUUCUCUGCCAAAAUAUGUAAACUCUGAUCCGGAUAGGUAUGAUCAAUAG